CAGGUUGUGAAACAGACUGUUUUUAAAGGACCCUGCUCCAGCUCUGGGCUCAGUAUCUACUUCCGGAUCGAAGAGGCGUUCAGUUCCUGUCCAAAUUUCAUAAACUCGGGACGUAGAGAAGAAGGAUGCUGUCCCUGUCUCGCGCAGUGGUGAGCGGGGUGGCGCGAGCCCCAGCUGCUGUCAGUCAAGCUGGAGUGACAGCUGUUACCCGAUUCAACAGCACAGCGCAGACUCCUCCUAAGAAAACAACAUAUGGACCUCUGGCAGAUGAGGACAGAAUUUUCACAAACCUUUACGGCCGUCAUGAUUGGAGGCUGAAGGGUGCAUUGAAGCGUGGAGACUGGUACAAGACCAAGGAGAUCCUCCUUAAAGGAGUUGAUUGGAUCCUUAAUGAGAUAAAGGUUUCUGGCCUUCGUGGGAGAGGUGGAGCUGGUUUCCCUACCGGCAUGAAAUGGAGCUUCAUGAACAAGCCCAGUGAUGGCAGGCCAAAGUACUUGGUGGUGAAUGCAGAUGAGGGAGAACCUGGAACCUGUAAGGACCGGGAGAUUAUGCGGAAUGACCCACACAAGCUGGUGGAGGGCUGCUUGGUCGCAGGCAGAGCCAUGGGAGCACGAGCAGCCUAUAUCUAUAUCAGAGGAGAGUUCUACAAUGAGUCAUCCAACCUCCAGGUGGCUAUAAAUGAGGCCUAUGCUGCCGGGCUGAUUGGUAGAGAUGCCUGUGGUUCUGGUUAUGACUUUGAUGUGUUUGUGAUGCGUGGUGCUGGAGCAUACAUCUGUGGAGAAGAGACUGCUCUUAUUGAGUCCCUGGAGGGAAAGCAGGGCAAACCCCGCCUCAAGCCCCCAUUUCCUGCGGAUGUGGGUGUGUUUGGUUGCCCAACAACUGUUGCCAAUGUGGAGACGGUCUCCGUGGCACCCACCAUCUGUCGUCGUGGAGGCACAUGGUUUCUGGGCUUUGGCAGAGAGAGGAACUCUGGCACAAAGCUCUUCAACAUCUCCGGUCAUGUUAAUCAUCCCUGCACUGUAGAGGAGGAGAUGUCAAUCCCUCUGAAAGACCUCAUUGAGAGACAUGCAGGUGGAGUGCGCGGAGGUUGGGAUAACCUGCUGGCCGUAAUCCCCGGUGGCUCCUCAACGCCCCUUAUUCCCAAGAGUGUGUGUGAGGACGUGCUUAUGGACUUUGACGGCCUCAUUCAAGCGCAGACAGGCCUUGGCACAGCUGCUCUUAUUGUUAUGGACAAAUCUGCUGACAUCAUCAGAGCCAUCGCCCGCCUGAUUGAGUUUUAUAAGCACGAGAGCUGCGGACAGUGCACACCAUGCAGAGAAGGAGUCGACUGGAUGAACAAAAUGAUGUGGCGUUUUGUUCAAGGAGAUGCACGAAGUACAGAGAUUGACAUGAUUUGGGAACUCAGUAAACAGAUUGAGGGACACACUAUCUGCGCUCUGGGUGAUGGUGCUGCAUGGCCUGUGCAGGGACUGAUCAGGCAUUUCAGGCCUGUGAUGGAAAGCAGAAUUGCUGACUUCCAGCAGCAGAAGCAAGCCAGAGCUUGAAUGGCUCCUUUGACUCCUGGUUCUUCUGCUUAUCCUUAUAUCCACCCUAAGAUCGUUUCAUUGUCAAAUUAUUUAAAAAAUAAAUAAACAACAUUGUGCCAUCUUAUCGCCUCAUCAUCAAGUUUAACAUUGAUGUGUCUGCCUUGUCUGAUAUUACCAAUAAAGUUCUAUGAACCUUAAAA